GAGAGAGAGAGAGAGAGAGGGGUAGGCACAAUGGCGCCACUGGUUUCUUUUAGGGUUUCUAGUUAUUCAAGAAAGAGAAAUUGAUAGAUAUAGAGAGAAACAGACCGGCUAGAAUCAUUGUUUUUCAGUUAUACAAAACCUUUUAGCAUAUUGAUGUCGAUCAGCUGUAGAUGAGAUUGUCAAUGGUUCCCCUUGUUUUUUCUAGGUUUUUCUACACUGCUGCAAACUCUCCAUAGAAACCCCAACAAGUAGAAGAAGAAAUGAAAGCCAAAUUGAUGGUGUCUAGAACUUUUCCUUUUCGUGUUUUAAGAGCCAGAGCUUCACCCCAAACUGGUAAACCAUCCUCUUCUCUCUUGCUAAAACAACACAUACUCACUGUCUCUGAUUCUCACUCUAACCCAACACCUGAAAAGGCCCAUUUAGAAUCUCUGGUCUGGCAGUACUGCAAAUCAAAGACCACUAAGCUCGCUGGGUUAUUGGGGUUUUUCGAACGUAUGGUUUAUCAAAGUCCCGUACCUUCCAUUUUGACAUUUAAUCUCGUUUUAGCCUCCAUUGCAAGAAUUAAACAGCACUCAAUUGCUCUUUCUCUGUAUAGAAAGAUGAAUGAAAAGGAAAUUAAACCUGAUUUUUAUACUCUGAACAUUCUGGUUAAUUGCUAUAGCAAUAUCGGGGAGGUGGGUUAUGGAUUUGCAAUAUUGGCUGAGAUUUUGAAGAUGGGUUACACUCCAAAUCCAGUGACCUUCACUGCCAUUCUCAAUGGUCUUUGUAUAAAGGAGAGAAUAACUCAGGCAAUGGAGUUUUUUGCGGACAUGGUGAAAGUGGGGUACCAACCAAAUAUGAUCACUUAUGGCACUCUCAUUAGGGGCCUAUGUAGAACUGGUAAUAUCAAUUCGGCUAUGGAUUUGCAUAAGGAAAUGACCAUGAAAGGUCAUUGCUUUCCAAACACUGUAACAUACAGUACAAUUAUCCAUAGUUUAUGCAAGAAGGGGUUAAUUAAUGAAGCUCUGCAACUCUACGAAGAGAUGGUUGUUAAGAAUAUUAUCCUGGAUGUUGUUACGUAUAGCUCUUUGAUUCAUGGCCUUUGCAACUCAAACCAGUGGAAAGAAGCCAUGGAGCUUUUUAAUUCAAUGGUUGGGCAAGGAAUUCAGCCUAAUGUAGUAACCUUUAGUGCCUUAGUGGGUGCACUCUGCAAAGAAGGGAGAACGGAAGAAGCCUCUUCACUAUUGGACCUGAUGAUCAAAAGGGUUGUGGAACCUGAUACUAUGACCUAUAAUACUGUAAUGGAUGGGUUGUGUAUGGUGGGAAAGAUGGAUGAUGCAGUAAAGCUAUUCAAGUCUAUGGUGGAAUGGGGUUAUGAGCAUGAUGCCAUUAGUUACAAUGUGUUGAUUAAUGGUUUUUGCAAGUGUUCUAAGGUUGAUGAGGCCAUUAAAACCUUUGGGGGGAUGGUAUAUAAGGGGAUUAAGCCAACCAUUGUUACAUAUAACACUCUUAUACAGGGACUUUGCCAAGAUGGGAGAGUUGGGGAGGCAGAAAAACUAUUCAAUUCUAUGCGACAUCAAGGCCAUCCUCCAGAGCUAUUGACAUACACCAUAAUGAUUGAUGGAUUGUGUAUGGAAAAUCGACUUGAUGAUGCUAUGGAGUUAUUUGAAAUUGUUGAAGGUCGAGGCCAUAAGCUUCAUGUGAAGAUGUUUAAUACCAUAUUGAGUGGAUUUUGCAAAGCUGGGAAAUUCCAAAAUGUAAUGAAAUUAUUCAGUGAAAUGUCCAUGAAAGGUUUGGUUCCUAAUGUGGUAACUUAUAGUAUAAUAGUGAAUUGCCAUUGUAAAGAGAGGCGGCUGGAAGAGGCGAGCAAUUUGUUCUCGAAAAUGGAAGAAAAUGGAUGCCUCCCAAAUGUUGUUACUUUCAAUACAAUGAUGCGGGCUCUUUGUGAAAUAAACGAGGGCGAGAAGGCAUUAGAACUUCUUCAUAAAAUGGCUGAGAGAAAUGUCUUGCCUGAUGCGUCAACUGCUUCUAUCUUGGUGGAUUUGAUAUCCGAAAAUGACCAUUGUGGCAACUUUGUAAAAUUGCUUCCUAGGUUCUCCCCUAAGAGCCAAGAAGGUGAUAGGUUGAAUGUCGAAUCCAUAAUUGCCUGCUUUUCAGGUCCCUUUAUGUGCAGUGCAAAUAUUCAUAAAUUGCAGUGUUCUGAUACCAGAGUUGUAUCAUAAUAUAAACUUUGGUGUUUUGCAUGUGUUUGUAUAACAUUAGUUUUGAUGCCCCCAAAAGAUCCCACUCUAUUGUGAUGGUUAUUAUAAAAGAAUCUGG